AUCUCAUCUUCCUCCAGCCAAUCUCCCCGUCCGCUGAUCUCAUUUUCCUUCACCUUCUUCUACCUAAUCUUUUUUUAGGGUUUUGUUUUUUUCUUCUCCCAAAUCUCGAUCGGGUCAUUAAAGAAAAGAGCAAAAUAGGGGUUUUACUGGUAGAUAAUUAGGGGUUUCGAAGAGCAUAAAAAGUUAAUAUGCCUUCGUUACCCUUUGAAUCGAUUUUGCUUCCCUUGAUCCCUUCUUUGACCCCAUUUCAUGCUGGUUCUUGUUCCCAUCGUUUGAAACAUCUGGAAAAGAGUGAUCGGCGUGGUAAUCUUAGUUAACAUUUCACAUUAAUUUUGUUGAAGUAACUUUCCCCCCUUUCUUGUCUCUCCUUUUCCUCUCUGUUCUCCGUCUUCUUCUAGAUUCUUCUGAUCUUUCCGAGGUUAUUCCGCUACUAGACGAAGGACUCUGGUCUUGUUCAGAAAAUCGGAGGUUUUAGGGUUCGAUCGUCAACUCAGGUCGCCAUUUUCGGAGGUUUUAAGGUUUUGAAUUGAUUGCAGCUGUCUUAACUCUCAAGAAGCUAGGAUUUUUUGUAGUCAUCGGUAUUGCGAAUGGAAGUAUUGGGUUCUCGAGAGGUAGAUGAUCUCAGUGACAUAAAGCAGGCAAUACUUCAUGCUUGUUUGAAUGAAGAUGAUAAUGAUGGGGAUGAUACGAGUGAUGUGGAAAACUUACUUGAGCAAGGACAUCAAAGCAAACCUCCUCAAAAGUGUUUAGGCAAGUGUGCAUCAUUUUCUUCUGCUGUGUCUCCUCCUGAAGAUGAUGAUGAACUUGAAACUGCAUUGCGGCGAAUAUUCACAGAGGAUACAGUGCAGUCACCUUACUCCCGCUCAAUUUCUUUGCCUACUCCCUUGAAGCUAGUGUCUGCCCUUAAAGGUAGCCGUGAGAAACAGGGAUUAUCGCCAAAGAAGCUGAGUGUGACAUGGGCCCCUGAUGUGUAUGAUCCUCCACCAACGUCAGUAUUGCACACAGUUAGAGGCAAGAAGCAGCAGAAGUUGAAGAAGAACAAUGACAAGAAGAAAAAUGGAAAGAAAGGGCAGAAGGGUAACAACUCACGUGGUAGUGGUGGUAAAGACAACAAACAAUUUCGCAGAGGUGGCGGGAAUGCUGAUAGGAUUUAUAAACCACAGGAGGUUCAGGGUAGAGUAGUCAACACCUCAGGUGAACUUGAUGGUUUUACCGUCGGCAAACCAGACCCCUAUUGCGGGAGCAGUUUUCUAAAAGAAUCACCCACUAGGAUGCACUACUCCGUGGCAGAGGCUCUAUGAUACAUCUCUUUUCACAUCACGGAGAAAAGCCGUUGCUUUAACAAUCCAUGUAGAUAAAUAAGCUCGUUUCUGUUUUCUCUAUUAUGGAUAUUUUGAACAAUUACAAUGGAGAAUUAUGCAAUGGAUUUUGAUUAUGGUGUGGGUUUGAAAAGUUUUGUUAAUGUGCUGUUUACACUGUGUAGAAGGCAGCACCUGUACCGUCAUUAGCUUUGUAAAUAGAGUAUUAUUUGUGCCUCUUUGAUGAGAAGAAUGGCGAGAUGCAAUGGAGUUUUCUGCGUAUUA